AUGGCUUCCAAGGCAAAGACAACUCAAAAGUAUGUUUGCGAACUAGAGAGAAAACACAGACGUCGAGUAGAUGAAAUUCAAUCUUCUGGUAAUAUAUACAUUCUUAAACAUUCAGAUUCUGAGGAGUAUGAAGAUGUCAGAUAAGCUUAGAGAAAUGGAAAAGGGCCAGCUAACCAGGGAAACUCAAGCCAAGGCAAUUACUUGCAGAAAUAAAGAGAUCAGUUGUAGCAUCAGCAUACUAGUUAGACUAAUGACAGGCGUGAUUAAAAGCAGAACAAUAAAUAUGAGAAGAAGUAAAACGGCAGGCACCAGAAUUCCAACUAUGACGAGGACUCUCAGCACAAUUACUAUGAUGAUCAUCACAGCAGCAGCCAUCAUCAUGACAGUAGAUAUAGCAGUAGUAGUAAUCACUAGCACAAUGUUAGACAGCCACAGUAUAAGCAGAAAUACGCUCCUAAAUAGUAAAAUAAACAAGACAAUGGGCACCAUGAAAAUACUUAAGCACACUAUCAGAAAAAAGAGUAGCAUCAAUAAAAAGAUAAAGAUUAUUAAGACAAUCAUCAUUAUGAUAAACUCGAGAAAAAAGAAGAAAAGCACUAGUAUAAACAGAAAUAAGAGCAAAAGCAGCCGAGUAUGCCUCAGUUUUAAAUCCUGAAAAGAGAAAAUAAGCCAGUUGAAAUACAAAGUCAAUAGGAGGAGUAAAAAUCAUAAAGAUAGACUUAGUAAUAACAGCAAUUGGUGACAUCUUAGGCUAAUUCCUCACAUUAGCAUUCACAAUCUCAUUCCUAAUCAAGCUAAAGUAAUAUAUCAUAGACCAACCAUAACAGCUAAAAAGAUAAUGCCAAAUAGCAUGCAUAAGAUCAAUUUAACAAUCAAAAUUAAAAGUAUCAAAAGAAAUAGCAGCAUACUGAGUAUGAGAGAUAAGUAAUCUAGCAAGAUAAGAAUUACCAUAAAGACAGUAUUCAUUAGCAUCAGAAAUCGCAAGAUUAUCAAUAAAACAGCAAUAAAUACUCAAAUGAUCAGGAAGGGGGUAAUCAUAGGCAAGUUUACCAAAAGAAGCAGGACAAUAAGCAGUAAUAAUAUCAAUAACAAAAUAAUAAAAAAGAGGAAUAAGUUGAGAAUUGGAGAGCUAAGUCUAAUGCGAGCGGUAACCAGUAAUAGAAUAAGGAAUAAAACGAAGCAAGAUAAGUCACUUAUUUUAAGAAACAGGAUAACAAGGAGUAAACAUAAAAUGAGAAACCAGCUCUUUCGACUUAGGCCUAGGAAUUCAAACCUAAAGAUAAUACAUCUAAGGGUUAAGAGAACCCCGUGACAAUGACAACAUCUACUUCUUAAUCAUUUAAUGUUUAGUCUUCAUCAUUUGUUCCAAAGAAAUAAAGUGCAGUAAAUACUGGCUAGACCUUUAAAGUUGAUGCUUAAGAAUAUGUGCCUCCGAGUAAAUAAAUUCAAAGCUCCUUAAUAUAGGCCAAAGAUACAGCUUAGGAAUUUGUUCCUAAAUCAAAAUAGUAAAAUUAGUAGCCAUAGCCCACAGCCUAAUUAAAUACAACUGCAUAAGAAUUCAAACCAAGACAAAAACAAGCUGAAUGA